CAGCGACUCUUGAGCUGCGCGCCGGGACGCGCCACCACCACCGCCACCGCCGCCGCCGCCGCGCCCGCCCUGGACCUCCGGCUCCGGGGGUCGCCGAGAGGAGGUCUCUACCCUUGGACAGGACAGAGGCCACCGCCCGUGAGGCCCAUCUCGUGCAGGACAUCGGCCUUGCCAGGGCCUGGUGGAAAGACGAGCUGUGGUCCCCAGCAUUGGGGACAGAGCCUUGGGAGAGCCAAGGAGUGACCUCUGCCCACCUUCCAUUGAGAGGAAGCAGCUGAGAAGGGGGUCCUGAGCUCAGCCCGCCUCCCUCUCCAGCCCCAGGUGGGCAUGAACCAGUGAUCCUGAGCAGUCAGAGCUGAUGCCUGGCCCCCAGGGGGGCACAGGAGCCCCCACCAUGAGCCUGGGCAAGCUCUCACCUGUGGGCUGGGUGUCCAGCUCUCAGGGAAAGAGGCGGCUGACUGCAGACAUGAUCAGCCCCCCGCUGGGGGACUUCCGUCACACCAUGCACGUGGGCCGUGGUGGGGAUGUCUUCGGCGACACCUCCUUCCUCAGCAACCAUGGUGGCAGCUCUGGGAGUACCCACCGUUCUCCCCGCAGCUUCCUGGCCAGGAAGCUCCAGCAGGUGCGGAGGGCAGGGGUGCCAGCCAGGAGGAUGGCUUCACCUCCAGCACCCUCACCAGCUCCACCUGCCAUCUCCCCCAUCAUCAAGAACGCCAUCUCUCUGCCCCAGCUCAACCAGGCGGCCUAUGACAGCUUGGUGGUGGGCAAACUCAGCUUCGACGGCAGCCCUGUCAGCUCCACAGACGGCCACUCUGGUUAUGGUCUGGACUCUGGGUUCUGCACAAUUUCCCGCCUGCCCCGUUUGGAAAAGUCUAGUGACCGUGACUGUGACCGAGACAGAGACAGCUCCUUCCCUUCUGAGCCCGAGCUUCGCCGCUCUGACUCUCUCUUGUCCUUUCGCCUUGACCUUGACCUUGGGCCCUCACUUCUCAGUGAGCUGCUAGGAGUCAUGAGCCUUUCAGAAGCCCCUGCAGCUGAGACCCCAACCCCUGCUAUAAGCCCCCCAGCUUCAGCUGUAAACCUCCCAGCCCCUGCCACAAACUUCCCAGCCCCGGCUGCAAACUCCCCAAUCCCAGCUGCAAACUCCCCAACCCCAGCUGCAAACCCCUCAAUCCCAGCUGCAAACUCCCCAACCCCAGCUGCAAACCCCCCAGUCCCAGCUGCAAACCCCCCAACCCCAGCUACAAAUUCCCCAGCCCAUGGACAUUUCCCCAAUGGGGUGACUGCUGGGUUAGGCCCAGUGGCCGAGGGGAGGGCUAGCCUGGCAGGAGCAGGAUCCCGAGUGACCCCUGACAUGACCUUCAGCAGGCACUGGGGAGCCAACUGGGGGGGCAGCAGGGGCAGCCGCCACUACACUGAGGUGGAUGCUCGGCGGGAGCUAGCGGGGGUGCUGCCCCAGGUUCGGGGCUCCUGGGAGAGUCUGGAUGAGGAGUGGAGGGCACCCCAGGCAGGCAGCAGGACCCCUGUGCCCCAUACAGUGCAGGCCAACGCCUUUGAGUUUGCUGAUGCUGAGGAGGACGAGGUCAAGGUGUGAGGGUCUAGGGUGUGGGCUUAGGACCCUGCCAGCCUCGGGACCUGACGAGCCCACCUAAAAGCUGUGUCCUGCCAGACGAGGUAGGAGAACCUAAGUAGCCCAAAAUGCUCCAUGUCUCUAGAGGCCAGUGUGGAAGGGAGGACCGAGGAAACCAGGCUUGUUCUGGGACCCAGGUUCCCAGUGGUCCUGUGAGCUGACCCAUCUCCCUCCGCUGACACCCUGGGUCUAGUAGCUCUUCUUAAGCGCCACCCCCCACUGGCUGGAGGGCCUAACCUCACAGUGUGGCCUUUGUGCCCCAGGAUGCUGUCCUGUGGGGUGAGGGUAGGGCACGCACCACACAAGGCCAUUGUCUCCUUUCCCAGUGGGACUGCUCCCCCUAGAGGGUCACCUUUGCAUCCCCAAGAGCCCUAUCCCAGGCUAUGUCCCAAUACCCUCAACUGUCCCAAAAUCUCAGAAAGGUCAGAUAUGACCCCAUCCUCCCACCAUACUCUCUACCCCAGACCUGUCUCUGGGGCCUGAUUUUUUCAAAAAGGUUUUUUUGAUAAAAGGUGCCAGGCAAGAAUCUUGGGGACCUGGGAGACCAGGCUCAGUCCCCUCUUCCUCUCCUGGGAGUUUGAA